AUGUUCCAAGAUCGAUCUGAGGCCGAGGCGCCAUUAGGCCCUGAAUCACCGAAAGCCAGUUCAAAGGUCAAUGUUCGCCGUCGCAACAGUGGUGCCGGCCGCUCCGCGCCAUUGGUCAAUCGCAUAAAGGAUGUUGCUGCAGAUGUAUACCAGAAGACCGUUGUUGAGCUUAUUCUGCGUCGUAAGAAUGUUACUGUGUCGACUGAAGGGCGACGUAUACCUCUCGAACUCGAACACGAAACCCCUUUGAUCGAUCCUCGCCGUGGUUUUCCAUAUGUCUCGAACAGCAUACGAACGUCAAGAUAUACAGUAUGGGACUUUAUACCCAAGCAACUUUUCUUUCAGUUCUCUCGCGUUGGAAACUUUUAUUUCCUUUGCGUUGGUAUACCGCAGAUGAUUCCAGGCCUUUCGACGACCGGAUCCUACACUACUAUUCUACCGCUUUUAUUCUUUGUGAUGUUGACAAUUGUUAAAGAAGGCUACGACGACUACCGAAGGUAUCGCCUGGAUAAAAUUGAGAACGCUGGCUUCGCGACUGUGCUUGGACGAGAAGACAAAUACACGGGAAAGCUACGACCAGUUAAUAAAUGGACAAAGCUUAACCCGUUUUUGACACACUCGACCGCCGAGCCGCAUCCCGUGCCGGAGGAGGAAUUCAAUGGAUUGCAUUGGGUCCCUGUGAGAUGGAGCGAGAUUAAGGUCGGAGAUAUCAUCAGGCUUUGCCGAGACGAGCCCAUUCCCGCAGACCUUGUCUUGCUACACAGCGACGGGGAGAAUAAGCUGGCUUACAUCGAAACAAUGGCUCUCGAUGGAGAGACCAACCUCAAGAGCAAGCAGGUCACGCCCGCUUUGGAAGGCUGCGACACGAUCGAGGGGAUUUCCAAGUGCAAGGCGGAUUUCGUCGUUGAGAGCCCAAAUCCUGACCUCUACAACUUUGAUGGUCGCGUGACAGUCAGCGAAAAGACUGUGCCCUUGACUUCAAAUGAGGUUAUUUAUCGCGGAAGUAUUGUUCGCAACACCAAUACAGCAAUUGGGCUAGUAAUCAACACUGGCGAGGACUGCAAGAUUCGCAUGAACGCCAACAAGCACCCAAAAGCCAAAAAGCCAGCCCUCGAGCGAGUUGUGAACAAAAUCGUCGUUACCCUUGCAACUUAUGUUGUGGUCUUAUCUGUUGGCGUAUCUAUGGGCUAUGUCAAAUGGCAAAAGAGCACAGAAAGGCAUUCCUGGUACCUGGAACAGGCAAAGGUGCCUUUCUACCAGAUCAUCAUUGCCUUCAUUAUUAUGUUCAACAACGUUGUACCCCUGUCGCUUUAUAUCAGCCUCGAAAUCGUCAAAAUCGGCCAGUUGCUGAUGCUGAACUCGGAUGUUGAAAUGUAUGAUGAAGAGACAGAUACCCCUGCCCGGUGCAAUACGAAUACUAUCCUUGAGAAUCUGGGUCAGGUGGGAUACGUCUUCUCAGACAAGACGGGAACCUUGACAGACAAUGUCAUGAAGUUUCGAAAGAUCAGCGUUGCAGGAACUGUUUGGUUGCAUGAGAUGGACCUGGAACCAAAGGUCGACGAAGCGGAGGAUUUUAAGCUUGAUGAAGAGUCUGAGCCAAGUGAGCCUUCAGUCUACAAGACAGACCCCGUCACGGUCGUUAUCAGAGAGGAACAGGCCGAGGCGUCGAACGAACCAUCCACACCACAAGCUCUCGCCUCGCCAUCUCGGCCCUCCAUGUCACCUCGCCCCUCCAUGUCUCAUCGCCCAUCUAUGGCACCCUCGAGACCCUCAAUGGCACCUUCGCGCAAUUCAUUUGGGAGUCGUAGAUCCUCGUCCCAAUGGCGCUCAACGGGACGACCGGAUCAUGUUCAGCCCGACGUUACUACGAAUGACCUUAUUGAAUACCUACGUCUCCGCCCUAACUCAGGUUUUGCUAGAAAGGCGAAGCAGUACAUUCUCGCUGUAGCUCUGUGCCAUACCUGUUUGCCUGAAUAUAAGGAGAACGGAGAGCUAGAGUUUCAAGCAGCAUCUCCCGACGAGCUAGCUCUCGUCAGGGCUGCUCAGGAACUCGGUUACCUUGUCAUUAAUCGAACGACGCAAACCAUCACUCUUCGGGUCACCCAGCCUGACGGCCACGAGGAAGAGCUCAAGUACGAGGUUCUGGACGUGAUUGAAUUCACCAGUGCUAGGAAAAAGAUGUCGAUCGUUGUUCGUUUUCCAGACGGUCGUGUGUCGGUCAUCUGUAAAGGUGCCGACUCUGCUAUCUUACCUCGUCUUAAGAUGUCGCAGAUUGCCAAGCAGAAAGCUAGUGAGGUUCGGAAGAGCGCUGAGCUCGAGCGUGAGAUGCACCGACGCAGCGAGCAGCAAGAGCCACGUAACAGUUUUGGCGGUAGGCCUAGUCUCACCAUCCGACGAAACCCAGGCGUGUCGAGGGACAGGAGUACAAGCAGACGGCCCAAUGUGGAUAGAAGCAAGUCGUUCGAAUUUGGCCGACUUUCUAGACGCUCGGAGGAUAAGCCCCGUCUGUCCAUUGCGACUCGCGGUGUGUCAAUCGAUCUCCCUCGAGGCCAGUAUUUGAACACUCCCAUUCAUUACCAGCAACCAAUUCCCGAACACCUAGCCUUCCUCGAGGAUCCAGCCCUGCUCGACGACUCUGAGACAUUUUCCAAGUGCUUUAAGCACAUGGAUGACUUUGCCACCGAGGGCCUUCGUACGCUACUCUUUGCGCAAAAGUUCAUCACGGAACAAGAGUAUCAGGCCUGGAAAAAGAUUUGGGACGAGGCCACGACUAGCCUCAAUGAUCGUCAACAGCGCAUUGAGGAUGCCGGCGACAUGAUCGAGCAGUCGUUUGAUCUGGUUGGUGCAACUGCCAUUGAGGAUAAGCUACAGAAGGGUGUCCCUGAGACAAUUGAGAGGUUGCGGAAGGCCAAUAUCAAGGUGUGGAUGCUUACAGGUGAUAAGCGAGAGACCGCUAUCAACAUCGCUCACUCCGCCAGAAUUUGACGGCCCG